UCUGCUUUAGUCAUAGAAUAAAAAAUCAUAUUCUUACAAAAAUCUUAUAUUCAAGCUCUCUAAUUAUGACCAUCAAUGAUUUUCAUUAUUUUUUUUCUGCUUAAAAAUCCAGAGAAUUUCUCCCACUGAUUUUUGAGGUUUUCUGCCAUCUUAUGUUGCUAACUUUCUUUUUAUUGUCCUGUUUGACCCUGUAGCCACGCAGGUCUCCUAGUGCUUCAGCUCAGGCUGUUCUUUGACACUCAGUGCCAUUCUCCUUCCCCUCCACACUCUCCCAUCUAAGCCAGAUUAUAACAUGUGUUCAGUUUCCAGCUUCAUAACUUAUCACUGCAUGACUCUGAACAAAUAGCCUAACUUCUCUGAGCCUUACUUUCUUUAUCUAUAAAUUUGAAAUAAUAUCCACAUCGCAGUAAUUGUGAUAAUGAAAAAAACACAUACAAAUAUUUGAGCAUAGUUUCUGCCAAAUAUCAAGUAUUUAAUCAGUGUUAUCUGCCACUAUUACUAUUAUAACUCUGUUUUUAUAGCUAUUAUGACAAUUCUGUUCUUCCUCAAUUAGUUAAAAAUUGACUUUCCCCAGAAACCCUUUCUGAUUGUUCUUAUAUACCUCUAAUUUUUUCUCAGGUCUGUUUCCUCUUAGCACCUGGCUUCCCUUUGGACUAUGUUAAUCUACCUAUGUUAUUAUAUUUCUUUCAUCGUUCUUCAGCAAAUAGCAACAAAUACUUUGCAUCUAUCAUAUGCCAAGUACUCUGCUAUUAUAAAGGGAUCCAUGGGCAUAUAGUAGAGGGAUUCAGUGUGUGUGUGUGUGUGUGUGUGAGCAUGCAUGUAUGUACAUAUGCUUUCAAGUGGAGUUAGGGAAAGAAAAUCCGUAGGUUGAAUAGAGCUAUGAAUUUUUCAGAAUAAACUAGGCUUAAGGAGCAAAAACCGUUUUCUCCGAAUGUUCUUGAAAUCUGAGAUUUUUUUUUUUUUAUGGUUCAAAACGUAGGAACACUGUAGUUAUCUCUGAUCUUGAAACAGCUUUACAUAUGCUUUCUUGGACUCCUGUGUCAUCAUCCAGAUGCAGGGUAGAGAUAGAAAGGGAAGUCCUCCUUGAAGAACAGAAUCCUAACAGAUUAUUCCAAUUUAUAUUGGGGAGUGGGAAUGUUGUGGGAGGGGAAUUGGGGGGCAGGGUGAGAGGAGAGGGAGAACAUUCCGGGCAGCAGGAACAGUAUGACCAAAGGCACUGAGACAUGAAACUGCCAAGAAGGAUUGAGAAGUGCACAAAGUUUGGUGUUACUAGAGUCAAGCAUUUCAGGAGAUGAGUCAAGAGUCAAGCAUUUCAGGAGAUGAGGCAGGACAGGCCGUAGGAGCCAGCUGGAUCAGACUUAGAGGCCUAUGGCUUAUAUAUUUAUGUCUCUCUAUAAGGCACUUAGGGAGGUAGGUCUAUAUAAACAAUUUAUAACAGGUAAAUUCUACAUGUUGCUUCUAAACUUGGACUUGGGGCUUACAAUAUGGCAUGUAAUACAUUCUUUCCAAUUGCUGUUGUCACCAGAAUAUGAUGAAAACAUUAGUUAAGGUAAUAUAUAAUUGAUAUUUAGCACUCUCACUUUUAAUAACUUGAGUGAAGGAUAGAAAUGUGAAGUGUCAUUUGUGACUUUUGAGGUGAGGGAUUCUGUAUGAAGUUUUAUAGUAGAGAUGGGAUUUGAUGGGAUUGAGACAUCCAAUGAGAAGAGUCAAGAGGAUCACUACAAAUGUGUGGCCUCGAACCUUUCAGUACCUUCUUCAUAUAUUUUACACAGUAGAAAGCCAAGUGCUUUCUAUUCACAGCUUCAUUUUACACAAUUAUGUGUAUGAUAAUGUACAAAUACAUUUUCAUCAAUAUUUGGUUUGUAUUUCUUUGUUGGCAUUGGAAUUAAGUUUUGGCUUCCUUCCCCUCUCCACUCCUUUGAUUUGAUAUAUCAAUGUGUUAUUCAUAGCUUAUGCAAUACCUGAUGUUAAUAUUUAGCUCUAAAAAAUUUUACAUUUUUACUCCAAAAAUAUGUUUUCUAAGUUUGAGUGUUGUCCAGUAGAUUUUAACUCUGUCUUUUUGUGGUGUUUCCUCUUCCUUGGAAAUUAAGCAUUAGGACCCAAAACACCCUAACCACAAGAGCUUAAAAUUCCCAGAGAAGAAUUAGAUGUGAAAGAAACAACUCUAUAACUUACUUGAACUUUAAUUAGCCUGAAAGUGGAAUGUUGGGGAGAGGUCUGCAAGGAGGCUAGGAAAACAGAGCAAAGCAGAAUAUCAGCAUAUUUGCAGCACUGUGCAGGGGAGAUCAUACCCUUAUUGAGGGGUCCAUGCUUACUAAACAACUUUUUAAUUAUCACUCAUAGAUUUGCCUAUAGAAGUUGCCAAUCUACUGAUUCAAAUAUACAGACUUCUUGGCCCUUAUAUUUUUCUUUUUCUUUCUUUCUCUCUUUUUUUUCUUUUUGAGAUGGAGUUUUGCUCUUGUUGCCCAGGCAAGAGUGCAGUGGCGCGAUCUUGGCUCACUGCAACCUCCGCCUCCUGGGUUAAGCGAUUCUCCUGCCUCAGCCUUCCAAGUAGCUGGGAUUACAGGCAUGUGCCACCAUACCCGGCUAAUUUUUUUGUAUUUUUAGUAGAGACGGGGUUUGUCCAUGUCGGUCAGGCUGGUCUCAAACUCCCGACCUCAGGUGAUCUGCCCGACUCAGCCUCCCAAAGUGCUGGGAUUACAGGCAUGAGCCACCAUGCCAGGCUCUUUUGUUUUUUUUUUUUUUCUGAGACAGGGUCUUGCUCUGUCGCCCAGGCUGGAAUAUCGUGGUGCAAUCUUGGCUCACUGCAACCUCUGCUUCCCAGCUCAAGCAAUCCUCCAGCCUUAGCCUCUGGAGUAGCUAGGAACACAUAUGUGAGCCACUAUGCCUGGCUCAUUUUUUUUUUUUUUUUUUUUUUUUUUGUAUUUUUCGUGGAGAUGGCUGUUGCCAUCUUGUUGCCCAGGCUGUUCUCCGACUCCUGAGCUCAGAGCGAUCCAUCAACCUUGGCCUCGCAAAGUGCUAGGAUUACAGGCGUGAGCCACUGUGCCUGGCCCAAUUUUUUUUUUUUAUUUAAAUGAAUUACUUCAGCAUUUCCAGUUAUAAAGCAGCCUCUUAAGAAUUCUGCUUCUCAGGUGAACAGACAACUCAAGUGUCUGAACCCUCAGGGCUGAGCUGCCAACUCCUGGCUGUGUAACUCCUCCCAGAUAAUGCCCCUCCCUGAGGUCCUAGCUGGGCUUCCAAGACCCCUAUUUCUUGGAUAGCUCCAUCUUCUCUAAUGUUUUGUAAAGUUUUUAUGGAAAUAUAUCAGACAUACAGAGGAGUGCACAAAGCAUAUAAGUAUAGUUCAAUAAAUUUCCUUACAGUGAAUGCACCCAGGCAAGCUGCCUCCAGGUGAAGAAAUAGGAUAAUACAGGCCCUCCAGAAGGGUACAAUGUGUUCCCACCCAGUCACUAUUACUACUCACAUGUAACCACUACUCUGACUUUUGCCACCAUAGAUUAAUUCUUUCCUGUUUCUCUUUCACAUUAAUUAGCACCUGGUAUUCUGAAUGACCUAGGACAUUAGGAUCCGUCUGGCUGAGGGUGAGCCUUGGGCACCCCAACGAGGGUGUAAUUGGUUCAGUUGUGCCCGCCCCCCGCCACCGCUCCAAGAGAUAUUUAGAAGUCCUAAUCCCCAGUACCUCAGAUUGUGACCUUAUUUGGAAAUAGAGUCAUGGCAGAUGUAAUUAGUUAAGAUGAGGUCACACUGGAGUAGGGUGGGUCCCUAAUACAAUAUGAUUAGUGUCCAGGUGAAGACAGAAACACGGGAAAACACCACGUGAAGACAGAGAAUUGUAGUGAUGCAUCCACAAGCCAAGGAAUGCCCAAGAUUGGUGGCAGAGCCAAAGCUAGGAAGAGGCAAGGAAAGAUUCCUCUCUACAGUUUUCAGAGGGAGCAUGGCCCUGCUAACACCUUGAUUUCAGACUUCUAGCCUCCAGAACUGUGAGACAGUAAAUAUCUGUUGUUUUAAGCUACCCAGUAUGUGGCACUUUGUUUCAGCAGUCCUAGGCACUAAUACAGAGGUUCUGCCAUGGUACUGAUCCCUCUUCUCUGCAUCCCCUGAGUACACUUGGUUCUUGGUCUUGAAGAUGGCCCAACUGAGUAGUGGCUACACCCUGUCCAAGCUGUAGCUCUCUAAACUGACUCACAAACUGCUUCUCUUGCUUCUGCUUACUCCCUGUCUGUGAUGUGCCCUGGGGGCAGACAAGUUUCAUUAUCAUUAUAUUGGUUUUUCUUCAUUUCUUGACUCUGCUCUUUACUACACUUUGAGACUGAGCCAGUUUGCUUCCUGACAUGCUCCAGAUUGAGCCUUGCAGACCUGCCCUUCUGCACCUUGCCUGGGUCUCUGCUGAAGUGUUCUUAUUCAUCCUCCCAGACCGGAUUGGGGCCACACCUCUGGUGUCCAGUUUUUCCCAGUUGCUUUGGCCCCAAAAACAUCUUUGAUAGGAAAAAAAAAAUCAGCUCACUUUAUUUUUUAAAUGAAAUCCUGAUUUUCCAAAUAGUGUGGCAUGUUGUAAAUAAAGGCUUCAUUAUGCUGAACUUUGGCAUAUCAAAGAUUCCUUCUUCUUUGAUAAAAUAGAAAAGCCCUCAGUUUAAAAAGCAGCCCAACAAUUAGACUUUGGUUAGUAAUAGGGAACCAUGCAGAGCAUACUAGACAUGGGAUGUUCCUUACUCAUUGAAAGAUCGUCUUUAAACUGCCUUACAACUUUUUUUUUUUAAAUUUUAUUUAUUUAUUUAUUUUUUGAGAUGGAGUCUUGCUCUGUCACCCAGGCUGGGGUGCAGUGGUGUGAUCUCAGCUCACUGCAACCUCUGCCUCUGGGUUUCAAGCGAUUCUCCUGCCUCAGCCUCCUGAGUAGCUGGGAUUACAGGCACUCGUCAUCAAGCCUAGCUAAUUUUUGUAUUUUUAGUAGAGACGGGGUUUCACCAUGUUGGUCAGGUUGGUCUCAAACUCCUGACCUCAGGUGAUCCACCCCCUUUGGCCUCCCAAAGUCCUAGGAUUACAGGCGUGAGCCACUGCGCCUGUGAACUUAUCUGUUUUUUAUUUUGGGCUGAGUUUCUGGUGUUAGGGGAAUCACAAGGACAGUACUGUUGUGAAGUCCCCAGAGUGACUCUCUAGGCUCAGGCCAGUUCCUGUGUUCUUGCUUUGGGACCUAGGGACUCUGCUGGUGACAUUUCUUUUAAAUCCUCUUAGCACAGACUGUCCUUUGGUCUUUAUGUCCUCAGCCUAGAGUGGAUGUACAUUCUUCAACUGUCCCUUUCUUUUCUGUUCAGAAGCAGUGGAAUAUUGCUAGCAACUAUAGGAAAGUCUUCAAGACAUUUUUAAAAAUCACCAACUUUCAGAAGUUUAGGUAAUCCUAGUUUUGGUUUCUGGUCUAUUUGACAUUCUUAAUUCUCUUGUUAAGCCUCUUUCAACUUCUAGCUCCUGUUGUUUAUACUGGGAAGUAUUUUGCCCUUGGAGGAGGGAGUUUUAGGCUAAUUAUAUAUUAUAUAUAAUGCACAUUUUAUGUAAUUGAAAAAAUAUAAAACACUACACUUUGUAGUUCAGAGGUCAGGAAUAGAGCAAGGGGUUAUGUGUAUGUUAUGUUUUAUUGUCUGUGUUUAAAUGUGUGACUACAUGGGCUUGCCUUUAGUACAUCCAUACUCUCUCGGCUCAGACAGUCCUUACACCCUGAGAUUUCAUGGCAUGUGAUAGAUGGGUAUAAUUAUCUGUGAUGGAUGGUUGGAUGGAUAGAUGGAUGAGAUAGGUUGGUUGGAUGGAUGGAUGGAUGAGAUGGGCUGAGAUGGAUGGAUACAUGGAUAUAUGGAUAGAUGAACAAAUGAUAGGGCUGCUCCAUCUGCUUGGUCGGUUUUCUCACUAAACUAUUAUGCUAGUGAUAUGAAUUUCAGUUGAUUUCAGGGGUGCCUCCUGAAGCUUGGAAGCGUUUUCCUAAGCCCAGGAGGAUUUCUUAAGCUUCAGAGAUCUAGAACUGAUAACUCCUUAGCUUGGCUAUGGAAUGUACUAAAAUAUUGUUCUAGUAGGUUGUGAAAGUGAGGCCAAACAGACUCCAUUGUAACCCUCAGUGUACUGGGGUGACGUUUUUCAUUGGGAGCCCAGAUUUUUUUUUUAAUUUACCUUCUUGGGGAUUGCGUACACUUCUGUGGAAGAUACUUUUCUUCUCCCCUCUGCCCCAGAAGACAAAUGCCCUUUGAAUUUUGUAUUGUAUUUUCUAGACUGGGUUGUUUUAUAAUGUGAAUAAUGUCGUCAGUAAAUAGUUAUCCAUCUUUUGAAAGAUCUACCUUUUAAUGUUUUCUCAGAUUCUUCUUUAUAGAAAAUAACGUUAACAGUGAAAGAAUUCCAUACAUGAGUCUUCACAUUUUUGUCAGUGAAAACAAAAUUAUUUUUUUAAUUUUUAAAAAUUAUGCAAUAUUAUUUAUUUUAUUUUAAUUUCCUUAUUGUUACAUAUUAUAUGUAUGUAUUUUGGGGGCACAUGUUAUAGUUUGAUACAUUCAUAUAAUCACAUCAGGAUAAUUAGGAUAUUUGAGUCUUCACAUAUUUGUUAACUAGAUUUCAGUUUACACUUGAUAAUAAACCUUGUUACAAUGUCUUUGAGGUAACAUUUGCCGUUCAUGUAAGUAGAUCAUUGUUUAUAGUCACAUCAUUUAUAAGUCUAACCACUUCAAGACUAAAGACCAGGCUCGUUCAUGCUCUGUUUAAUAGUCCCCUUUAUCAGACAUUGUUUCUGGUAUGUGGUAGGCACUUCACAGUCCCUUGAUUCUAAAAACAAUGUGGUAACCUUCCUGUAAGGUUGUGCCUUGGAUUAUUUUCUGGCCAGAACACAGAACAAAGCAUUCCAGAGAAACCUUGGUUUGUUUAUCUACUUUCUUCAAUGCGCUCAUUUUUUCAGCCCCGUCAGUAUGGUUAUCAGGAAGAGAAAUUGGUUGUAAGAAGACUAUUUUCUGCAUCUACUUUCUCUUCAAUAUGUUUUGUUUUCAACAGCGUUAUUAUAGAUUCACAUAAACUGGAAAUCUUUUUCUGUUUUGUUUCCUUUUUCAGAGAUUCAUAGUGUUUUAAAUAUCUAGGUAUCUUCAGAUGACUUGAGCUACCAAAGGUUUAUGUUACAUGACUUAAACUACCAAAAACAUGUGUAUGUUUUAGAAAAAAAUUCUAUUUAAAAAUGAAAUGACAAUUCUAAAGUAUUUCUAGCAAUUUGUACGAUUCACUAGCUUAGUAAACUGUUUUUACCAGAUUGGCAAAAAGUGAUUUGGCUCCAAAAUGACAUUUAGAUAAUCAAGUCUCUGAAAACAACCUAAUUUCUACUCCAAGGAAUGUACAAAUUUGUGAUGUAUUUGUUUGAUAGAAUAGAGCAUUUAAAAAGAAUGAACCAGAUCUUUAGGCACCAUAUGGAUAGACCUAAAAAUUAAAAAUAUAGAGUGAUAAACACAAAUUUCAGAAUAUUAUGUAUUUGCUAUUCAAAUGUUAACACUUAAAACAAUAUCAUAUACUCUAUAAUGUUUAUGAAUAUGUAUGUGUGGGUAUGUGUUUAUGUGUGUAUAUAUAAAAAGGGGACUGACUGUGUAUCAAAUCCAUGAUACUGGGAGGAGAGGAAUGGGGGUAGGGAAGGGACCAUAAAUCUAGUUUAAAAAUAUCUUUCAGAAGAGAUGGUUAUUUUCGGUAAUGAGCUCAUGGGCAUUUAUUAAAUUAACAUUUGGACCUCUAUUAAUGUUUUUGUGAUAAAUAUGCAUAAUAUUUCCUAAUGAAAUAGAUCACAACUAGGAGCCAUACAUUUAUCAAGAUUCUGGGAAUGAGACUGAAGCUAUUGUUAGGCACACCUAAUAUUUCAUGAUGUCAUUCUGUGCAAAAUUGAAAAUUAACAGAAUGAAUUUUGAACAUGAGGAAAGCUUCAUGUUGAUCUCACUCUUGGGAAGCUUACAGGCUGGGAAUAAGGACCCUGGCAGCAAACUGCCUAAGAGCAAACCAGCCUUGAUACCUUUUAGCUUAAGACCUUGGGCAAGUCAUUUAACUUCUCUAGGUCUCAGUCUCCUUUUCUGUAGAGUCAGAAUAGUAGUGCACAUCUCCAUCUCAGUGCUGUUGUGGGGAUUAUAUGAGUUUGUGCCUGUGAAACCUGGAAUGUAGUAAGUGUGCAAAAAAGAUUAGCUAUUAUUUUCUUUUCUUAUUUGUAUUUAUUUAUUUUUUUGAGACAGAGUCUUGCUCUUUCUCCCAUGCUGGAGUGCAGUGGUGAGAUCUCAGCUCACUGCAACCUCUGCCUCUGGGUUCAAGCAUUUCUCUUGCCUCAGCCUCCCGAGUAGCUGGGAUUACAGGUGCCCGCCACCAUGCCUGGCUAAUUUUUUGUAUUUUUCGUAGAGACGGGGUUUUGCCAUGUUGGCCAGGCCGGUCUCGAACUCCUGACCUCAGGUGAUCUGCCCGCCUUGGCCUCCCAAAGUGCUGGGAUUACAGGUGUGAGCCACCACGCCUGGCCUGCGCUAUUAUUAUUUUCAUCACCGCCCCUGCUAUCUGCAGCCUCGGUUCUUUGAGUGUACCAUUUUCAUUCUCACCUCAGAAUCUUUGCAAAUGCUUCUUCCUCUGCCUGGAAUGUUCUUUCUUUCUACCCUGUUUUAUCUGAUUAACUCCUCUUCAUCCUUCAGAGACACUUCCUGUCCUUCCCUAUCUGGAUCAGUCCCUAGUCACCCUACAAUUGGAACUUGAUGAUUACUUGUGAACUACUUGUUAAUUUCUGCCUUUCUUGAUGAACUGUAAACUGUUUUUCUUCUUUGCUGCUGUAUCUCCAAAGCCUAAAACAGUGUCUGGCACAGAGUAGUCAGUGAGAAAUUCUUUAUUGAAGAAAUCAACAAAGUUACCCUAGAAAGUGAAAACAUUCAGAGUUAAAUUUAGCAAGAAAUGAUUUUGAAAUUCACUUUGACUUAAGGAUCAAUCCACUGGUUUUAGGAAAUAAAUCUAGGAUUGUUUGAUUUCAUAAAAAAAUCUACCAUAUGUAUUGAUUUAUUUGUAAUAAUAAAUUAUAAGUUGCCCUAAAUUAAGAUUCACCUCAUGUUUGUAACUUAGCUCUAGGAAAUCAUCUGAUUGAUAGUGGUGUAUGUGUUGUCACAUUUUCAUUUGCCGUGGAGAGCAGGACAGUUUCAACACAGGAAUUUUAAGGUUUGGUAUAUGCUUAUCUGAUUGUUCACCCUUAAGCUAACUCAUUUCUUUCUUUUAAAAAUAGCAGAAAAGGUAAGGGAAAAAACUCAGAUUGGAGAGGAUAUUUCCUAAGGGCCAGAAUAAUCCAGGCUUAUUCAGAAUAAAUUGGCAUAAUAAGUAUUUGAAAACAGAACUUUCAAAUAUCAGAUGAAAUGUUAUUUAUAACUUUUAAGCAAACUAAAACAGUAAACUCUUUGGAAGGAGGACUUUUAGAAUCAGGAAAGACAGAAACUUGUUCCCCCUUAGUUGUAGUUUUAUUUACCCUGGGAGAAAAACAUAAGAAUGCUUUCAAGUGUAAGGAAGGGCUGUGUAUUCAGAUAUCAGCAUGCUGCUCCAAGAAAGACAUCAGAGAGUUUUGAACUGAUUGAAAGCCCAAAUCUAUUGGAUCAGUUGAGGAGCAGAGCAAAAUAUGACCAAGUAAUAAACGAGUACCUUCAAAGCUUUUAAGAAAUUCUUAUAGUUUGUAUAGGUGGUUGGGAGGUGAAAUUCCAGGGCUAGGAAUAUAAUGUAAAGCCCUACAAUGAAAAAGAAGACUGCAAAUUGUGGCCUUAGGGGACUUUCCCUGCCCCGUUCAGAGACACAUGAUUUUUUUAACAGAAAUCCCUGGAAAAAUUACUUUAGAGCCAUGUUUUCUUGCAUUCUGCAUUUUCAUUAAUGGUAGUAUACUGAAAUCACAAAUUUAUUCAUUCUUUUCUUCAUCAGAGCACAUUUACUUAGUUUUAAGUACUUUCCAAACUCAGAAUAAGGUCACCAUUCUUCUAUGGAAGUGAAACAUCUCUUCUUUAGAAUUGUGCAAAAUUAAUUACUGGUUGGGUUAUGACCUUGGGGAUAUAGGAUACAACAUGUUUUUGGACAUUUGAAUGUGUGGACUCACAAAACCCUGCUAAUAACCACUUAACCUAUUUAUUAAUCAUCUGCCUCAAAAUCAGGGCUGAAGACUUUUGAAAUAAUGUAGUUAGAAGACUCUGUACAGUGACCAUACUUUGGGAAACCCUGGUUUAAGUAACAUUCGAAUGUUCCUGUUCACCCUAAAUUCUUGCCACUCAAAGCAGGGGCUUCAGACUAGCAGCACUGGCAUUUUUUUUUUUUUUUUUGCAUGAUUUGGGAGCUUGCUGGAAAUGCAGAUAACCAGGCCCUGCCCUAGACAUGCUGAAUCAGAAUGAGCAACUUAACAGGAUGCUCAGGUGAUGCCAAUGGCUAUUAAAGUUUGUUAAGCACUGCUCUGCACACUCCUGCCAAAUGGACUUUAGAACAUACUAGUAAUGUGUGACCCACUUUCCAAGAAUGCAUCCUGUAUUAGGCAGUCCACAUAUUAGCAAGGUCUUCCUAGUACUGAGCUCAAACUUAACUCCUUGAAUUUUGCAUUCACUGGCCUUGGCAUAACUGCUUGGUAGCCAUCAGAACCAGGUAAAAUCCUCUUCAUGAAGGACCUUCAAACCUGUGACUAGGCUGUCUUGUUUCUUUCCUUGAUUUAAGCUUCCCCAGGUGUAACUAAAUCCCUGUUCCCCCCAGUAUGACAGUGCUUGAGGUUUCUUUACCAACUUAUCCAGACUAAAUAAUCUUUUUUUUUUUUUUUUUUGAGAUGGAGUCUCGCUCUGUUGCCCAGGCUGAAGUUUAGUGACAUGAUCUUGGCUCACUGGAGCCUCUGCCUCCCAGGUUCAAGGAAUUCUCCCUGCCUUAGCCUCCCGAGUAGUUGGGAUUACAGGUGCCCGCCACUACACCUGGCUAAUUUUUGUAUUUUUCAUAGAGACGAGGUUUUGCCAUGUUGGCUAGGCUGGUCUCCAACUCCUGACCUCAGGCAAUCCUCCUGCCUUGGCCUCCCAAAGUGCUGGGAUUACAGGUGUGAGCCACUGCGCUCAUCCCAGACUGAAUAAUCUUAAAGGACCCUUCCAACUUUAAAAUUGUGAUGGAUUCUGUAGUAAUAAGUAAUAGUGGAUAGAAGAUGAUGGAAACUUAGGAACUGUACUUUCUAUACAUUUAAGGAGAGAAUAAUCCUGAGGCACAAAUAUAUCAUGAUCCAUAAUUUCUUUAGGUUCAAAAUUCUGUCUCAUGGUGAAGACUUCUCUAAUAGUAGGCAUUAAACAGCACUCCUUUGCUUUUCUCUUGAUUUCUAAAUGGGUUUGCUACUUAACACUUCAAAAGUGAAAUGUAUAUAGAGAUAUAUGAAAAUAAGCACUUUCAGUUUCUUUGAAAAUUGAAACAUUUAUGUACUUAAAAAAAUUCUCUGUAAUCUACAAUUCAGCACAUCAGCUGAUUUUGUUUUUCUUUAAUGCCUUUCAGUACAGUACAUUCUCAUUUAAUGUCAUUAAUAGGUUUUUGGAAACUACAACCUUAAGCAAAACAUUUUUGUUCAUUGUCAUUUUAUUAUUGAUGAAAAAAAUUGGUUUUGAUGUACCUUACUUUGCUUAAAGUCAUAGUUUCCAAGAACUUAUGAACAAUAAGUAAGGAUUUACUAUAAGGUGUUACAUAUGCAUAUAUCUAACAAAUGGAAAUAAUCUUCAUGUAGUCAACUUUUAAAAACUUUCUUUGGUAAAAUCUAUUUUUUAUGUUACUAUAUGAUUUUCAUAAUCAAGCAUAAUUAUUUCCCUGUUUAAGGGCAUUAGAGUUCAUAAAUGGCCUAUGAAAUAAAAUAUUUGCCAAUUUUAAGGUAUUUGUUUUCUAAGAAUUUUUUAAAAUAAAUAUAUUCUAACAGAGACCAUAGCGGCAGAAAAACCCCACCUUCAUCCUCUUAAGGUCCCAGCUGGGUCCAAGAAUUAAAUUGACAUAAGUUAGAUUAACAGGAGAAAAGCCUGCACAUUAAUUUUACAAGUUUUAUGUGGCAUGGGAGCCCUCAUAAAGAAGUAAAGACGCAAAGAAGCAGUUAGAGCCAGUUAUGGGCAUGGCUCAUUUUAUUGUAUUUCAUAGAUAUUGUGCUUUUUACACAUUGAAGGUUUGUGGCCACCCUUUGUCCAAUAAGCCUAUUGGUACCAUUUUCCCACAAUAUGUGCUCACUUCUUACCAUUGUGUUAACAUCUUGGUAAUCUUAAUAUUUCAGAUUUUUUCAUUAUUAUUAUAUCUGUUAUGGUGAUCUAUGAUCACUGAUCUUUUUAUAAAAUAUAUAUUUUUUCUUUCUUUUUAAAUUUUAUUGAUUUAUUUUAUUUUUUUGAGACAGAGUCUCGCUGUGUUGCCCAGGCUGGAGCACAGUGACGCUAUCUUGGCUCACUGCAACCUCCGCCUCCCGGGUUCAUGCCAUUCUCCUGCCUCAGCCUCGCGAGUAGCUGGGACUACAGGCACCCGCCACCACGCCCGGCUGAUUUUUUGUAUUUUUAGUACAGACGGGGUUUCACCGUGUUAGCCAGGAUGGUCUCGAUCUCCUGACCUCGUGAUCUGCCCGCCUGGGCCUCCCAAAGUGCUGGGAUUACAGGCAUGAGCCACCGCGCCCGGCCUGAACUUAUAUACUAGAUUGAACAUAAUAAACUGUGAAAAUGCAGCUAAAUUGUAUGGGGAGGCUUAAAAGAUAAGAGUUAUUUCAACAAGCUCUGUCUCAGCAUCUUGUCUUUGAAGAUAAGGAUGUUGCCAUUUUUUCUAGUAUAGAGAGGGUAUCUUCCAUGUGGGAAUUUCAUUUUCUGCUCUUAAGAAACAGCACAAGGGUUAAUGAGAUAUUCAUGCAGCUGCUAUUUUUCAAGUGCCUUUAACUUAAAUAGGCAAAAUACCGGAAUAUUAAUACCAUAAUAAUGGACUUAAAAUACUCCAUAAACCAUGCUGUUCUUUUAUAGCACACAGGCAGAGUAGAUUUAGCAUAAUUGUUUUUAACGUUUUAAAGAGCGUGCAUUUUGUGUGUGCGUGUCUGUGUGUGUGUGUGUCUGUGUGUGUGUGUUAGUCUUGUGUGAAAAUAGCUGUAGCAAGAGAGGUUUGAGAUUUUUUUCAAUUUUUUUUUUUUUUUUUUAGAAAGUAGCCCACGGCACAUUUUUAAACUAGUUGUUCUAAUACUUCACCCACACUUCUUUUUCCCUCACUUUCUUCUAGAUAUUUUUAUUCUUCUUGAUCUCCUCCUCAUUCUCCUCUCUCCUUCUGUCCCUUCCUCUUCUAAUGAUGUUCAGAGAAAUAGCUACUUCUCUCACCUCACCUCUGCAUUUCAAAAUAAAGCUGCGUGUAUGUGUGGAGAGAAGCUGGAAAAGAAGACAGAUGGUUCUUUCAUUACCAGGUUACUUGGGAUUAAUUGAGCUGGGUUUGUUAUUAUUUUUAAGGAGACUGAGCUGGGUCCUUUGGAAAGCCAGUUCUGAAAGGCAGGCAAUAAUGUAAUAUGUACUGUUGGAUUUUUUGUUUUGUUUUUGUGUUUGGUAAUUUCAUCAUCCUGUAAAGCAUUUUUUAGGAGAUCAGACGUGAGUUUACUAAAAUGGCGUUUUCCUUAAAGUUUUAAAAAUGACUUUACAUUUUUCUGGGGCAGCUGAACCAUUCUUAGAAACAUACUAUCUAUAUGUUUUAUUUCAGCAUUUGCAAGUGAGGAAGCAGCACAACCCCAGGUCUUAGAUAAUUUCUAACAGAGAGGCCCCAGCAAUUCAGCAGGCAGCGUCCUGAGUCUUUGGCAGCCUGGUCCCUCUUUAGCAAAUUCUCCACCUUUGCGAACAGAGGGUCUUUAGGACACAGAUUCUUAAAAGUGCAGGUAAGCAAAGGCAACACCACCAUUGUCUCAAAUUGCUUAAAUGUAAACUUGAGCACUUGUAAUGUUCUUAUACAAUGUUUCUCUUGUGGGUGAUGUUAAAAUCCCCUCUUCUAUGAAUACAGGUGCCUGCUAUUUUUUCUCUUACUAGUUUUGCAGGCUGGGGACCUAUAAGACUGCUAAUGUAACCCAUGACCCUUCAGCAUAUCCCACAGUUGAGCUAUGAAAGUCUUAAAUAUUAUUUUUAUUCUCAAUUGAAUGGGCCUUCUUUGGGACUCUUCUUAACCAAUACAUAAGUGAGGAGUAGAAAACUCUUAAAAUUAGAACAUUAUAUGCAUCACAAAUAUUAUAGAAAUUCUGCUGUUAACCAGCUUUAUAUUGGGCAAGAGGGUUUCCCUCUUUGGGCCUUGUUUUCUCAAUAGAAUUAAUUCCAGUUCUCUCUCUGUCUUUAAGUGCAACAAUUAAUGAUAGUUUCAUUAAAGUACCUUCUAAUUUUUUAGGCUGAUUUUUCUUACUUUUUUUGGAAUCCUAUGCACAGAUUUCAGACAUCAAUGUAUAACUUUAUUCUGAAAAAAGAUCUAGAGUUCAGAUGUCUACCAGGAAUGAACUACAUGUUUUACCCAUGAGUAUAUGCAGGCACUCAAUGAUUUGUUAAGGUUCAUCAGAGAAUGAUUAUUCUAGCAAAUUUGUUUGGAGAUCUUUUUGGGAAAGACACUUAUUGACUGAUAACAUUAUGCUUUAGUAGUGCUGGCCAGUAUGGACACUCAUAAUGGUCUUGUGAUUUAGUCCUAGGGAACCUCUUAAGCUCUUGCUUGUUCCUACUGAGAUUGCUCAUGAGGGUUUCAAAGUCCUUCCCCAGCGUGGUCCUUAGCCACUGGACUUGCAGAACUCUUGAGGACCUGAAUCAAGGCUGGAGGUAGGGCUGGAUCCUCAGGUUUUACUGCCAGCAACACCUCAAUUUAGUGGAAUCUGGACUGUAAUCAUCUUGGUGAUUUGUAAAGCUGUUUUUCUUGUCAAUCUUUACCAUUUCUGGCAUCAAAAAGAUGGAAGUAUUUUGAGAGUCUUUGUGAUGCUCCUGGACUCUAGUACGUGCUUGGGUUCAAGUCCCAGCUCCGUCACUUACGAUUUGGGUAUCCCGGGGGAAGUUAUAACUUCUCUGUGCUUUGGUGUCUUUAUCUGUAUGAUAGGGAUAAUGAUAAAGCCUUUCGUAAAGGUUGGUUUUGAGGAUUAAAAUAAGUCUAUGUCUAAAGCAUUUAAAACUGUUCUAUCACAUAAGCGUUUAGUUAAUUUUAACUGCUUUUUUUUCUUUUUUUUUUUGAGACGGAGUCUUGCUCUGUUGCCCAGGCUGGAGUGCAGUGGCACGAUUUUGGCUCACUGCAACCUCUGCCUCCCAGGUUCAAGCAAUUCUCCUGCCUCAGCUUCCCAAGUAGCUUGGGACUACAGGCGUGCACCACCACGUCUAGCUAAUUUUUGUAUUAUUUAGUAGAGCGGGGUUUCACUAUAUGUUGGCCAGGCUGAUCUCGAGCUCCUGACCUCUAGUGACCCACCUGCCUUGGCCUCCCAAAGUGCUGGGAUUACAGGCUUGAGCCACCGUGCCCGGUCCUAAUUUUAACUUUUUAUUGGCACCUGUCAUACAGUGUUUAUUCUUCUGUCCUUAUUCUCUAGCGUAGGGUGAGGAAAAAUUCCAGUCUUUAUCCUUACCUUGUUAAACAUUGCUUGAGUCACCAUGGUAUUUGCUUCAACACCUAGGACACAAUAUCUGAAUCCUUCUCAACAUUAUAAUGGAUCCAAAUGAGAAUGAAACCUAUUUCAUGAAACCUAUUUGCCAACUCAGAUUGUUUAUAGAGUUCUUGAUUUUUAUUUUUUUGCUUCAAAACAUAAAUUUAAAAUGUUGUUUACAAAUCUGAGUUUUUUGUUUGUUUUUACUAAAUUUCAGAGCAGUUUUAUUAUGAAAAGCAUAAAAAAGAUAUGGUUUCUAUAGCCAGAAAUAGGGUCUAAUUCUAAGAUGAGUUUUGCCAGUGAAUUAAUACUAUUUUGAAUGCCUUUCACUUUAUAUUCAAAAGCAGAUGAGUAAAGCUUCCUGUCACAGAUACUUUAAGAUGUUAAAAUGAUUGUGCAGCAAUAAUAGCACAGUAAUGGAAACUUAAUUUUUUGAGGCUAUUAUUAGCACAAAGUCAUGAGUUCUUUAGCAUCUCUACCAGGACAUUAGGAAGCUAAUUUUUUAGGGAGGGCUUGGUGCAUGGGAAGCUGAUACUUCACUAAUUUUAAAAGAAGAAUUGAAACAAGAUUAGGAGAGUCUUUACCAUGUGCCAGAUACUUACCUAAGUAUUUUAUAUUUACUACUUGUAAUAGCUCUAUUAGGAAGUAUUAUUAUUUCUUAUUUUACAGCCAAGGAAGCUGAAGUGUAAAAAGAUUAGGCAAAUUCCCAGGGUGAUACAACUCAUCAGAAGAAGAGCUGAGACUCAAACUCAGGGGGUCUGAUUGUCAAGCAAACAAUCUUAACACCUAAUUAUGCUACUACCUACAAAGAAUAAAUUGCCAAUGAAUUAUUAAGACCAAAUCAUGGAAGUCUUAAAUACCAGGCAAAGUGACAAGAUGAGAGCUGCACUUCGAGGAUUUUAUGCCAAGUACAGCGUGUGGGCUGGUUUAAAGGGAAGAAAGAUUAGAGAUCAUUGCUAGUAGCUAAGGUGAGAAGUAAUGAGAACAUGGGUUUAGGAAACAGGAUUAAGAUAACAGCUUGAAAACACCUGUAUUUAGGUGGACAGAGGAAGAAGAGGAAAUCUAGAAACACAGGCAGAGAAGUAGAGGAGGGAGGCCGUGUAGUGCCACCCAAGGGGACAUUCUGGAACUGAAAACCAUAGAGAUCAGAGAGGAUUGGAACAAAAACAAAGACGAGUGGGUUUGGAGAUAGUAAUUUAUUUAUUCAUUUAUUGACUUUUUAACUCAUGAAAUAAGUAAAUAUUAUUGUGCACCCAUAACGUGACAGGAAUUGUGCUGGAGGGGAACCCGUGUAAAAUGUUCUUCUUUAUUAUUACCAACUUUGCUACUUAUUAGCAAGAUAGCCUUUGACAAGUUUUUUUUUUUUUAAACUUUUCAAAAUCCUGGCUGCCUCUUCUGUAGUAUGAUACGUAAGUCCUCACUGUGUCUAAAUGCCCCCAACUCUUGUGAUCUUCCCAGCUCUAAGAUCUGUAAUUCUUGGGUUCAAGUUGUAAAUUGCAAUAAUUGGAAAUGUUGUAAAUAUGUGGCCAAUGAUUCAGUUGGCACUUAGGUGAAUCAGAAGGUGAUGCAAGAUAAGGUAUGUGUCCUAUAGCUGUAAUGUGAAUGGAGGAAUCCUACAUAUUUUCCCUCAAAAAUACUGGUAGUAUCAUACUGACACUAAUAGUAGAUGGAAGGAUGAGACUGAAAAUAAUACAGGAAAGACAGUGUCCAGGGAAUUAAAAAAAAAAAAAAAAAAAACAAAAAACCCCACAAACAUUCCCUAGAGUGGUGAGGGAAAUUUUUCUCAAAGCCACUUAUUUUCAAAGGGAAUCUGACUAGUUUCUUCAGAGAAACUUCUGUUGAUUGAAAACUUUCAAAGGUCAAGCCCUAAAGACUCUUAAAAGAUGUAGCAUAAAACUUAGAAUGAGCUGCCAGUUCCCCUCAAAAACUGUUUUCUGUGAAGCCCUGAUCUUCUCGGCUGGAUACAAUUCCUUUUUUCUCUGACCUUCUCCAGCAGUGCUUCUCAAACACACAGAUCACAUGGGGUUUGCCAAAAUCCACUUGACUCAGUGGAUCAAAGGUUGGAGCUGAGACUCUGCAGCUCUACCAACUUCCCAGGUGAUGCCAGUACUGCUGGUCCAUGGACCACACUUUGAAUAACAGAGGUGUAAAAUAGUUUGCUUUAAUUCUCAUAGCAGAUAAUGGAAAUAAUUUUGAAACAGUGUAACAGCUCCUUCACCAGACUGUGAGCUCUAUUCUCCAUAUCCUAAAGUCGAGUACGUACACAUUAUGAAAUUCUUGAUAUUAAUAGAUAAGAGAUUCUUACCUCGGUCAGUGAUUCGUAUUAUUCAAUAGUAGUAAUCAUUUGAAUUGGUAUAGGUAGGGCUUUUUUUUAAACUGAGAUAAGCACCAGCAUGCAAUAUAACUGAGAUAGGCACCAGAAUGCAAUAUAAAGUUUUCAUAUAAAGUUAAACGUGUUUACCAUAUGGCCCAUGAAAACGUAUAUCCACCCAAGAAGUUGCACUUGAAUGUUUAAUGCAGCUUUAUUUACAAUAACCAAAAAUUGCAAAGAAACCAAAUGUGUAUUGCCUGAUAAGUAACUUGUGAACUGAUAAAUAAAUUGUGGUAUGACCAUACAAUGGGAUGCUAUUUAGCAACAAAAAGGAAUGAACUCCUGGUACAAGCAACAACUUGAGCAUUUUUAAAAAAAGUAUUAUGUUAAUUGAAAGAAGUCAGAAAUAAGAUAUAUAUUAUAUGAUUCAAUUUAUAUGAAAUUUUAGAAAAGCAAAACUAUAGUGAUAGCAGAUCAGGCUGCUAGGGGCCAGGAAGUGGGAAGAAGGAAGUGACUACAAAGAGGAACAAAGGAACUUUUGAGGUUGAUGACAAUGUUUAGAAUCAUGACUUCAGUGGUUGUUACCUGAUACACUUAAAAGUGGCGAAUUUUAGUGUAUAAAAAUUUUAUCCCCAGCUACUCAGGAGGCUGAGGCAGGAGGAUUACUUGAGCCCAGAAGUUAGAGACCAGGCUGGACAGUAUAGUGAGACUCUGUCUCAAGAAAAGGAAAAAAAUGAAUAAAGGCAAUUUUAAAAAUUACACACAGGCUGGGCAUGGUGGCUCAUGCCUGUAAUCCCAGCACUUUGGGAGGCCGAGGUGGGUGGAUCACUUGAGGUUAGGAGUUCAAGACCAGCCUGGCCAACAUGGCAAAACCCCAUCUCUAUUAAAAAUACAAAGAAUUAGCCAGGCAUGGUGGCACGUGCCUGUAGUCCCAGCUACUUGGGAGGCUGAAGCAGGAGAAAUUGCUUGAACCCGGGUGGUGGAGGUUGCAGUGAGCCAAGAUUGCAUCACUACACUUCAGCCUGGGCAACAGAGCAAGACUCCAUCUCAAAAAAAAAAAAAAAAGUAGCCACAGUCAUCAACCUGUUAACAACAUCUAAUGCUUCUUGGAAGCUGAUAUCUUAUUAGCAGGAUGUUAACAUGACAAUACAGGGACAAUUUUUACUUUAAGAGAAUAAAUCGGCAUGGAAAGAAAAUGUGAAUAAACAGUAGGAACAAAAGAAGUUCCCUAAAAGCUUACUUGUGUACUUGCAAUGGACCUGAGUCUGAAGAGAGAGUUCUUGAAAACAGGAACUCCAGUUCUUCUAUUUUUAGCAUCCCAUAUAGUUGCUAUUAGCUGAAUGAUUUUAGUGUGUCCUGUUGUGCUAUUAAAGAAGAAAAUUCUGCUGAGAAGUCAUUUCUCUCCUUUUUAUAUUCUUUGCAGUGAGCACACCCCACUUUCAGGAGAGGAUCUGGUCAUCUGCUUUGGCAGAGGGCUUAUCUUUAAUUAAGUGAAAAGAUCUGUCUACAUGUGCUAAGGAUGAUAUCUGGUGAAAGCACUGGCUUUGUUGAAAAGCUGAAAGAGAAGGGUGUUUGUGCAUAUGCAUGUCGGAACCAGCUUCAUAUCAUUGUAUUAGCAGAAGGGUUGGGGGAGGAGAGGGAAAGAAAGUUAAUUAUACGUGUUCCCUUUCUGCAAUGCAAAAAGAAAAUAGUUAUAUUCUUAGAAAUCAGUCAAAAUGUAUACAGCUGAUCUAAUUUGUUGACACUACACAACUCAAUAUUUUUGGAGGGGGGCAUAAAUCAGAUUUUCUGUUAAUUUACUCAGCAAUGUCAGAGUGUUUUUCUUAACUUGUAUUAAAUAGCAUUAGUUUAUAACUUCAGAUUAAAUUUAGCCUUUUCGUUGUAAUAUUGUAUGUUUAAAAAAUCUAUAUGUGCUGUUUUUUAUUUCUUUAAUUAUGGUCCAUUGAGAAUUUCUUCAUUCUUCUAGCAGAAAAUCCCAUCAACCAGACUACUGAUUCCUUAGGAUUUCUCUGUUUAAUUAUGAGAUCAAUAGCUUUUCAUAUUAUAAUGUUUCUAAAGAAGUGUGUUUGAUAAAUGCAUAAUUUAAUGUGUAUCAUCCCCUUGUUUUAUUUUUAAAAGAUAUUAUUAAAUGAUUAUUUAACAGUUCAUACUCUUAAAAAUAUGGUUAUUAUAGUUUUCUGUAAGCCACAAUUUCAAAGUGUGGGCUUUGAAAUCAGAUCUCAGUUUGAAUUCUGGCCAGUGCUCUGGGUAUUAAACAUAUCUAGCAUGGGGAUGAAAAUAUCCGUGAUUUCAUCCUUAUGUGAAAAAGGGCUUAGUACUGUGCUGGCCAUUUAGUAAGUGGUUAAUAAACUGUGCUAUCAUUUACAUGAUCAUCGCUGCCAAAGGUUGUAGAUCCUUGGGAUAUGAAUGAAGCUGAUCUCACGCAUUUGGACUACCUAAUUAAUAAUAAGGACCAAACCUAAAAGAGAGGUAGUAAAUGAAUUGAGGACUGAGGCCUUUCCAUUCAUCACUAUGGAGUCCUGUACAUUAAGGCUUAGGUUAUAUGGAGAUGGCUGGGUCUGUGAGGCUUAGGCUUAGGGGACCUAUGAGGCUGGACCAAAAAAAAUCUAGACAUUAAUGCAUGGCUAGAGUUGGAGGUUGUGUUGUAGAUUUGCUCAUGUAGGCAUGUGACUGCAGAUUAUAAUCACAAAUUGAGUAAUAAGUACAAAGAGGAAGGAAGGCAGGAUGUGAAAUCUGUUGGGCAUGUUCCACACAGUCUGGAGUGUAUGUCAGUGUGAGCUGAGGACCAGCAGAGACUAGGAUGGAUGACGGCCUGUCCAGGGGCUGAAUGGACACAGGUGUCAGCAGGGCCACCUGGUAAAGGUAUGGAGGUGAGCCAGCCAUGAGAGGGUAUCUUGUGGCCAUAUUCCUGAGUGCUGUCUUCCUCUAUUAUGUACUGCAUUGCAUAUUAUGGGGAACGAAUGUCUAUUGGGUGGCACCUGUGGAAAUGAAACGGAGAAAUAAGAUCCAGCCUUGUUUAUCAAAGCCAGCUUUUGCCUCUCUGCUGAGGUUUCAUCAGUUUCACCCUUUUCUGUGUGCAGCUGAUUUUAGAAAGAUUGCUUCCUUGUAUGGCAGCGAUAAGUUUGAUUUGCCCUAUGGGAUGAGAACAUCAGCGGAAUAUUUUCGACUUGCUCUUUCAAAACUGCAGAGUUGUGAUCUCUUUGAUGAGUUUGACAACAUACCCUGUAAAAAGUGUGUGGUGGUUGGUAAUGGAGGAGUUUUGAAGAAUAAGACAUUAGGAGAAAAAAUCGACUCCUAUGAUGUAAUAAUAAGAAUGAAUAAUGGUCCUGUUUUAGGACAUGAAGAAGAAGUUGGGAGAAGGACAACCUUCCGACUUUUUUAUCCAGAAUCUGUUUUUUCAGAUCCUGUUCACAAUGACCCUAAUACGACAGUGAUUCUCACUGCUUUUAAGCCACAUGAUUUAAGGUGGCUGUUGGAAUUGUUGAUGGGUGACAAAAUAAACACUAAUGGUUUUUGGAAGAAACCAGCCUUAAACCUGAUUUAUAAACCUUAUCAAAUCCGAAUAUUAGAUCCUUUCAUUAUCAGAACAGCAGCUUAUGAACUGCUUCAUUUUCCAAAAGUGUUUCCCAAAAAUCAGAAACCUAAACACCCAACAACAGGAAUUAUUGCCAUCACAUUGGCGUUUUACAUAUGUCACAAAGUUCACCUAGCUGGUUUUAAAUACAACUUUUCUGACCUCAAGAGUCCUUUGCACUACUAUGGGAAUGCCACCAUGUCUUUGAUGAAUAAGAAUGCAUAUCACAAUGUGACUGCAGAGCAGCUCUUUUUGAAGGACAUUAUAGAAAAAAACCUCGUAAUCAACUUGACUCAAGAUUGACUCUACAGACUCAGAAGAUGAUGCUAACAGUGUUAGUUUUAUUUUUGUACUGCAAUUUUUAGUUUAAAAUAUGUUGGAUGCACUUGUCAAAUAAUUAAUUACGUAUAUUGUCUGUUGCUGCCUGGUGAUUCAUAACCACCAGCUUAAUUUCUGUGAAUACUGUAUAUUUAACUUAUGAAAACCAAGACAUGUUAAGGUAUCAGGAAAAUAAGUUUUGAUUGCAUUGUUUUUAAAAUAAGCUAGUUUUCUGAGGUGUUUUCACACGUCUUUUUAUAGUUACUUCAUCUUAGAUUUUUGAAGGGAUAUGACUUCCUACUAAGGAUUUAGUUUACCACAACAAUUCUGACUAUAAUAAGACAUUUUGAGGAGGAUAUUUGGCUACUGUAAACAUGGCUGGUGGAAAAUCACAUGAUUGUGGCUUGAUGUGGCAAGCUGAAACCACUUGGCUCUGGAAAUCUAAGUUCAUACUGGUUUAAUUAAGCUCUCUCCUGACAACCCCCAGAAUUAAAUGAACCAUGAUUGUGAAGAGUAAUUUGGUACAAUGAAGGCAGUGUUUUUAAGUUAAAGGAAAUGGGCUAAAGUUCUUAUUAGAUAAGUAAAUAACUAAAGAAUACAAUUACUAAACUCUGAUGGCUUUGUAUUAUUUUAAAGAAAUGAAGUUUAACUUUAUACAAUGAAGCUAAGCUAGGCAAGCUCAAGAAGGAAAAAAAAAAUCUUGAACAUUAUUUUUUUUUGCCUGACUUAUUCAUUAAAUUUUGAAGGUUUUCCACUUGAAGUAAAUUAGGAAAGGUAAAGAAGAUAACAGAACAAGUAAACACUUAAGAAAAGUCAAGCUGAGGCCGGGCAUGGUGGCUCACACCUGUAAUCCUAACACUUUGGGAGGCCGAGGGAGGCAGCUGGAUUGCCUGAACUCAGGAGUUCAAGACCAGCCUGGCCAACAUGGUGAAACCUCAUCUCUACUAAAAUACAAAAUAAUUAGCUGGGCAUGGUGGUAUGCGCUGUAGUCCCAGGUACUCGGGAGGUUGAGGCACGAGAAUUGCUUGAGCCCGGGAGGCAGAGGUUGCAGUGAGCGGAGAUUGCGCCACUGCACUCCAGCCUGGGUGACAGAGCGAGGCUGUCUUCUAAAAAAUAUAAAAAGUGAAGUUGGCAUUUUUGGAUUUAAAUGGUACAAAAAGAGUAUCUCAUUUUCCCAUGAUUAAAGCUAAUCUUCAGAUGGAAAGCUUGCCUGGCUACCUAGGGUGCACCAGAGAAUCUGAUCCAAUGCAAGCCAGUAAAUCCUACAAAUGUGGUGAGCUAGUCUUCCUUCCUGUAUUUUAAUAAAUGUAACCAAAGGCCAUCUGGAGGUAGGGGAAUGAGAGGGGAAGGAACAGAAAAAUAGAGGUUAUAAGGAUGGAACUAAAAGUUGUCAGAAGAGGUAUGAACUGAAGAAAGAAUUACUCUCUUUUGACCAAUAAAUAAAUACAAAAUUGGGAAACACUGGAAAA